UUGAAGUACAUCCCCUCCUAAACUCUAGUCUAACCUCUACAUCUGCCUUUCCUGGAGAGAGCCAAAAGACAAAGCAUAAACUUCUUUUCUUUUGUUCUGUAAGCAAACCCAAAAAUAAAAUUUUACAAAUAUAUAUAUAUAUAUAUAUCUUCUUCUCUUCUUGGGUCUGCAGAUUCUCCCUUCAGUUUGCAUUGACAGUCAUUUUGAAGCACAGAAGGUGGGGGAUAGUGCUAACUGUAAAGCAUUGGGUCCUUUCCCUUAAAUUUCUAUUCCUAUUGGGUUUCGACAGUAGAUACUGUCUUCCUUGUUCUGUAAAACAAAACACAUUGAUUUUAUUUUACUUCUUCCCUCCCUCUUCGAGACUCUGUUCUUUCAUUCUCUUUCGUAUCACAGACUGUUCUCCAAAAUCCUAAAAGCAAAAAGCAAUAAGAUACAUAAGUAUCUUUCAGUUCAAUUAAGGAGAGGAGAUUUGUUUAAAGAAGACUACAUGCACUGUUUCGACAUGUAGUAUUGUAAAGGUAGUGGGUUAAAUGUAUGAAAGUUGGAGCAGUUAAUGCCAAUUUUGUCUGUACAUGAAUGGAUGGAUGUUCUAAAUCUCAUAGAAAACUGAUAGCCAACUACUCUUUUGGGUUGUCUGGAAUGAAUUCAUUCAUUCAUUGAGAGAGAGUUUAAAAAGAAAGAUAUGAAAGCUUGGAUGGCAUAAGUUUUUUUGAGUUUCUGGAAUUGAGGAAGAGAGGUGGAGAUGUCUGCAAAGCGUUUAUAUUCUUUGACGGAUGAAAACCCAGAUCUGCAUAAGCAGGUGGGGUGUAUGCAUGGUUUACUUCAGCUAUUUGACCGUCACCAUUCCCUUGCCAGCCGACACAUCAGCAGCAACCACCACAAGAGACCACCUCCAGGUCAAAAUGGCAACCAUGGAUUGGAACCCAGCAAUAUGACACAGAAAGCCAUAGAAAAAAAUCUGAAGGCGGUUGGGAAAGAGAAGCAAAGAGUCUCAGUCGAAUCAUCCAGGCCCUCUUUUUCAUCAUCCUCCUGUUCCUCAUCUACCUUCUCGUCAGUUGAUUGUAAUAAAACAGUUCAACCAGAACCAUCUUUGAGCCACAGCAUUUUCCCUGAAACCCCAUCUCAGAUUUUACCCAAGAAACAGCCAAAUUCUUCUUUGCACUCAAGCCAGCAAUCCCCUGAUCUCCGAGAUGUUGUCAAGGACUCAAUCAACAGAGAAACAUUUGGGUUAACAGUCAGGACUACAACUACACCGAAACGAACAAGCCAUGUGAUGAAGCAUGUAGAUUCCCCAAGGCCACUGCUGCUGUCUAACUCUGUAAAGACGAAAGUUUCUGAACUCGACAGAUCAUUUCAAGUUCUUGCUAAGCUUCGGGAAUCACCUCAAAGUUCCAUUGAAGAGAAGUCCAAGGCAUUGCCACCAAAGGACGCUCCUCGGUUCUCUUACGAUGGAAGGGAAUCACGAGACAAAUGGAAAUCUGCCACAAAGCUCAAAGAGCUUCCUCGAUUAUCAUUGGACAGUAGAGAACGUUCCAUCAGGGUAUCUGCCUCUGAAUCCAGAUCAAGCAAUCUUUUAGAAGAUCUACAGCGGGGAAAUGACAAGUCCAGCCAAACCCCGAAUCCCCAACAAGAGCCAGGAAGUAAUAAACGACCAUCUAGUGUUGUAGCAAAGUUGAUGGGAUUAGAAGCUUUUCCAGAUUCCACGCCUGAUAACAAUGAUCAGACAAGGAAUAUUAAAAGCUGCCCACAUGAGGAUCUUGAUGCAAUGUCCACCUCAUCAAGAAAAGCCGAUGAAAGCAAGUACAACCAAGUUUCAAGGUCUCCAAGAACUCCCCACAGAGAAUGUGCCUCGCCUCAGUUAAGAAGUCCCAUUUCCGUCGUGAAACCAAACUCAAGGUUUCCACUGGAACCAGCUCCAUGGAGGCAGCCAGAUGGGAAUCGAGGUUCUCAAAAACCAGCUUCUAUGCAUCAGGAAGCUCACAUAAAGGCUCCAAAUUCGUGUCCUUCUGUUUAUGGUGAAAUUGAGAGAAGAUUGACUGAACUUGAGUUUAAAAGAUCUGGCAAGGAUCUCAGAGCUCUUAAACAGAUACUUGAAGCAAUGCAAAAAACUAAAGAGAGAUUAAAGCACAAGGAAGAGCAGACCUCGGAUUUGGAGCCUCAAACAAGCAAUCAUGGCCCAAAUUCUGUAUCAACAACUCCCAUCAUUAAGGCGACUGGUCCCCCAAUGAAAUCCGAAUCCUCUGUUGUGAUAAUUAAACCAGCUAAUGUUGUUGAGAAACCCAGAAAUUCAGGUUCCUCCGCAAUCCCAAUUGAGGGUAUACCAGGCCUCCGCAAACUCCGGACCAGUGACAAUCCAGACAGCAAACAUGAUUCGGUUGACAAGCGAACAGCCAAAGAUUUGACUCCGAGAAACAACCAUUUUAGAGAACCUUCUUGCCAGCCCCUUUGUUCCAUGGAUAAGAUUACCAAUGCCAAAACAUAUAGGUCAACACAAACAACAAAGGCACCUCAACAGAACACCACCGGCUCUGGAAAGGGCUUAACAACUGUGAGCCCAAGACUGCAACAGAGAAAGGAUGGGAUGGACAAACAGUCUCAUCCUACCACCCAGACAUCUGAUCCUAGCAGAACCCGAAGACAUUUGAGUAAGCAGCAAAUAGAAUCAGGCUCUCCAAGUAGAAAAUUCAAACCCAAAUCUCCCAAUUUGCAGCAAGGCAAUGAUAGAUUGAGCGAGAUCAGUAGUGACACAAGACAGUCAGAAAGCAAUAUAAGCUCAGCCUCACGGACUGAAAUAGAAGUCACAAGUAUUGAUCGUUCAAAAGAAAUGAAUGGUGCAUACCAUCAUAAGGACCAGAAAAAUGAAAUGGCAGCAAGGUUGAGUGAAGAUGGAUUAAAAGCUGAAGCAACAACAGCAACCUUGGAACAGCCAAGCCCUGUAUCUGUUCUUGAUACUACAUUCUACAUAGAAGAAUCACCAUCUCCUGUAAAGAAGAUAUCAAAUGCUUUCAAAGAUGACGAGACCCUAAAUUCUGAUGAAGAAGAAUGGAAUUCAGUGGAUCUAGACCUCUUGCUGAACAGAACAAGACCCAUUCAAGGCCUUGAGUUUGAUCGAGAGGACUUAGAGCAUUUGGUUCGUAAGCUCAGACAAGUGAACUCCACACAUGAUGAAGCUGCCACAGAUUACAUUGCAUCUCUUUGUGAGAACACAAAUCCAGAGCACAGAUACAUUACCGAGAUAUUUUUAGCAUCAGGUCUUCUCCUCAAAGAUCUAGGCUCUAGCUCAACAUUCAUUCAGCUCCAUCCAUCAGGCCAUUUGAUCAACCCCAAUUUGUUCCUUGUCCUGGAACAAACCAAGGGCAGGAUUGAACUUCCAAAUGAUGAACGAAGCAAUGAAAAGAUCAAUAAAUUAAAAUUCAAUGAGAAAAUCCACAGAAAACUCAUAUUUGAUACUGUCAAUGAAACCCUUGUCCACAAAUUAACUGCAGCUGGUUUUUCUGAACCGGGGAUCUCUUCAAACAAACUGAGACUGAGCAGCCUCACUGGACAGAAGCUUUUGGAAGAGCUGUGUUCAGAGAUGGAUCAUCUCCAAGCUAACUCUCACUUCAGCUUACAUGAUGAGGAUGAUUGUUUAAUAAGCAUCUUAAGAGAGGAUAUGAUGCUUCAAACACAAAAUUGGGCAGACAACCAUUCUGAAAUUCCAGGGGUAGUAUUAGACAUUGAGCGCCUGAUAUUUAAAGAUCUGAUUGGCGAGGUCGUGAGUGGUGAGGUGGCUGGUCUGCCAGGCAGGCGAACCAAGCAUUGCAGGCGAUUGUUUCCCAAGUAGUAUUUCUUCUUCUAUUCUCCUCACAUCUUCUCAUUCCCCUUUUCUCUUUUUGGAGUAAAAGCAUAAUAAUUCAUGGAUGAGAACUGCUUUUCUUUGCUAGUCUGUAAAGCAAAUCUCUUCUAGGGUUUUAUAACACAGUUUAUUACAAUCGAUGUAAAUACAAGAAUACUUUAGCUUUUCAGUUUUUCAUUUUACACAGAUGGGUUCUCAUAAGUGCACCAAAAAUGUAAUAAAUACAGAGUGGUACUUUUUUGUCUGGAAAAAGGAAAAUAAUUGUAUUUCUGCA